AUGGGCAAAAGGAAGGUUGGAGCACUCGAGAAGCUCGACGCCGAUCUCGCCAGCCUUCAGUUCAAGGUCCGGUCGGAUCCGCAGAGUUAUGCAGACGAGUUCCAACGGCAGUACUCAGCCUAUCUCUCUACCAAAGAGGUGUUCCUCGACAAUCCUGCGAAUGUGACCAAGGAUGUCUCCGAGGACUUCCACGACAAGAUCGACUUCAUCGCCCACGUCGCCGAUUGCUUCAAGGAAGAUACCAAGACCUUUCCAGACGACCUGAAGGAAGUUCUGACACAACACCAUGCCAUCCUUCCUCCGGAAGUGCGCGAGAAGUUGGUCGGGAGCCUGGUGCUCCUGCGGAGGAAAGAAAUGAUCUCUUCCGAGUACCUCCUGACCACUUUAUUUCCAAUUCUUGUCUCGACGCCAAGCAAAAGCCUCAGGGCAUUGCUGUACUCGAAGAUUGUCAGCGACCUGCGAAACUCAAACUCCAAAAACACGAAUCACCCUCUAAAUCGAACGGUCCAAAAUGUGCUCUCAAUCCUCAUUACCUCCGACAAAACUUCGCCCAAGGGAGUGUGGGCUGUACGAUUGACGCGCGAGAUGUGGCGGCGACAGAUAUGGACCGAUGCGAAGCCGGUGCAGGUCAUGAAGGAGGCAUGUCUAGCGGACAACGAGAAGGUCAUAGUCGGAGGAGUUAGGUUCUUCCUUGGUGGUGACAAGGAGCGAGAGGAAAUGGAGGAUGACAGCAGUGAUGAUGAGGCUGUUGAUCUUAAGAAGAUGCAACACCAGCAUGGCAUCAACAAAAAAUCCAAGAAGCAGGCAAGGCAAUACAAAGCUGCAGUCGUCAAGGUCAAAAAGCAGGAGCGUAAGAAGAAUCAGCCACACCCGUUGAACUUUUCUGCUCUACAUCUGCUUCACGACCCUCAAGGCUUUGCCGAGCAAUUGUUUCAGAAACACUUGUUGAACACCAAGACAAAACUGGCCCUGGAGAGCAAGCUACUUGUCCUGCAGCUGGUCUCUCGUUUGGUUGGAUUGCACAGGCUCACAGUCAUAAACCUCUACUCCUGGUUCAUCAAGUUCCUCACGCCAAAACAACCAUCGGUCACAACCUUCCUGGCAUGUCUGGCCCAAGCAACACACGAUCUUGUCCCACCGGAUGCCCUGGAGCCUUUGAUCAUGAAGAUCGCAAACGAAUUCGUCUCAGAAGCGGCGGCAGCGGAAGUGGCAGCCGCCGGCCUGAACUCCAUCCGCGAGGUAUGUGUGCGUCAGCCGCUCGCUAUGACGGAGACACUGCUUCAAGACCUGGUGCAGUACCGCAAGAGCAAGGACAAGGGUACGAUGAUGGCCGCGAAGGGCUUGUUGUCCCUGUACCGUGAGGUCGGCGCAGAGAUGCUCAGAAAGAGGGAUCGUGGCAAGAAUGCCACCAUCAACCUGCGCAGUGGAGAGCUUCAGCAGCGAAAGUUCGGAGAAGUAGAUUCCGGCGGUAUUGAAGGCCUCGAUCUGCUUGAGAAGUGGAAGGAUGAAGAGAAAAAGCGGAAACGUGUGGCCAAGGGCCUGCCAGAAGAGGCUGGCAGUGACGAGGAUGAGGAAGCCGAUGUCUCCGACGACAGCGACUGGGAGGUUGAUUCCGUGGCCAGUAGUGAUUCUGGAGGCUGGAUCAAUGUGUCAAGCGAAGACGAGGGCGAGGACGAGGAACCCGCAGCGAAGCGUCAGAGAAAAGGAUCCUCCGAAGCACCAGAGCUUGUGGACGCAAACAAGUCCGACGCGGCUGCAGAAGUUGAACGGAUGUCCAAGCUCGCCACAACCACCAUCCUCACGCCCGCGGAUCUGGCCAAACUGCAGGAGCUACGCCUGCAGGCCAACCUCGAUAAGGCCAUGGGCAACCGCUCAAAACAUGCCCGGGAGCUCGCAGCCCGGCACGCAGACGACCCCCUCACGGCGGAACAGAUCGAGCUGCCCGCGAAGCUGCGCAAGACGACCAAGGAGGAGAGAAUUGCCCUGGCCAGGGAGGGCAAGCCCAACCGGGAGGAGCACAAGUCCACGCAGGCCAUCCGGAAGUCCAAGAAGGAGGCCGAGGGCAAGUCCACGUCGAACAAGGAGAAGGCGAGGAAGAAGAACUUCUUGAUGACCAUCGGGAAAGCGAAGCAGAAGCACAAGAGGAGUCUUGUACAGACGAGGAAGGUGUUGCAGGACCAUGUCGAUAGAAGUAAGAAGGGCGGGAGGAGAGGCAACAACUAG